ACCCACACCCAGCCCGCCGCUCAGUGCCCAGCUGCCCCGGGGUGGUGGAGGGGCGCGCGCCACCUUUCCCGCGUUCCUCUCUCUUCUCUCCUCCUGAUGUAGCGUUUCGGGGCUUCCCGUGGCCUCCCCCGUGCCGUGUUCCUCGCCACCACACGCCUGGAUCCUUCCCUGACGCUGCCUCGUGUGUUAUUUGUGGCUAUCGAGACUCGCAGUGACUUUGAAAUACGAGUUACCCAGUUAGCGGUGUGUGUGUGAGCUACGGGACGCUAUCUUGCCGCCAGUAAUCAUGUCCAGGUGUUCGUCAGGUAGAGGCGAGGCACCAAUACAGUCGACAGGUUACUAAAACGAACGAACACGCUAACCAACAGUCUUCAGGUGCAACAGGUAAUGCAAGGAACCCCCAAGUGUGUGAUCUACAGGCAACUUUAGAACACUUAUCACUUGAGGAGCUUCAGAAGUACAACGUGAAUGAAACGCAACUUGAAUUAUGAGAAUAUUUCAAGGGUGCAACACGUGACGCGACUCCGGCCAGGCCCACCACGCUGCUGCCCGCCCACCCACUUCUUCCCCUUCACUUCAGCACCCUCCGGACACGAGGAACGCACUACUUAAGCUUGAUGUAGUGAACAAACCGGUGCGGUGCUUACCCUGAGGCACGCCACAUGAUGAUAGGAGUUAAAAAGAGUAGAAAACGUCUAAAAACAACACAGUAACGGUCCGGAAAAAGAAAUAUACAUAGCAUACAAGAAAUGUACAUGCCCAAAUAUCGAAAAUUAACACUAUGCAAGUAAAUGAAAAAAAAAACACCAGAAAACAGGAAGAAAUUAAAAGAAAUUGAAUAAAAACAUAGGGAAAAGGAAAAUUAGGCGUAGUUAAUAUGAAAAUAAAUAGAUAAAUAAAAGAAAACACUAAAAAAAACAACUUAUCUGCCAGGACAACCGACAGGAUAGUGAUGGUGGUGAGUGCUCAGGUAUCGUGACGCCUGACUCGUGACAACUCGUGACAAUGCCUAUUGUUCGCUGUUACCGGUACGAGGGUCCGCUGCGGCAGCCCAUAGGAGGGUACGCCUAUGCUGGGGAGCCCGUGUACCAUAUAAUUAGGGAGAGAAGCCGCUCACUGCCCCUCAACCUUAAGCCCUCAGACAUCUACGCCAAGCUCCGGGAGGGUGGGAUUUGCCCAAACUGCAGGAUGCCGUUCGACAAAGGCAAGAAGAGGAAACUGAUCGACCAGUGCGGCCACGAGAGAUGCUACUCCUGUUUGUUCAAGUCUGAAACUUGUCCCAUCUGUGCCCUGCAAGCUCCCCCGAAGAAGCUGCAACACUCCCAAUCUCGCCCUUCCCUCUCCCCUCCCCCGGCGGCCAUCCCAGGCAACGGCCCCGGGCGAUCCAAACUCAUCACCAAUGGUACCUUCAGCUCAUACUUCAAGGGUGGCGGGGCGGACCCUGGCCUGCCUCCCGAGCGCCCUUCCCCAUCCCGCUCUGUGUCUCCCCGCCGCCACUACAAUCCUCACGCAUCCAGCACCACUCUCAGUCCUCUCUACGCUUCCUCCUCCUCAUCCUCCUCUACCUCUCCAUUGAGCGUGGGCUACGGGACGCCCACGCCCUCCCUUGCAUACCCUCACACGGCCCUGGCAGGACGAGAGGCCGUUUACUCCCGUCUUGCUCCCUCGCCCGUCACACCCAAAAGUCUUGGCGGAACCCCUGCCAGUGCCCGGCGCAGGGGGGGCGUGGCUGGUGCCCGCGUGCCCCCCCUCUCCCCCUGGUCCAGACGAGCAGCCAGACCUAACACCGUCAACGUGGACUCAGCACAUCAUCUAACAGCUCUCCUCUCACCGGCGGACAAGAAGAGUUCCAAAAAUAAAAGUCUUGCCCGCAGGAUUAAGUCCCUUUGGAGUAUAGAUGAUGAGUGUGAUGCUGACAAUGAGGCAGCAAGUGGAGGCAGUGGGGAGGCCGGAGAACACAAGGAUGGAGAGGACCUGUACAUGCGAUUAGAACUUUUGCUGGGGGAGGGAGCAGCACCUCCCACCUCAGCCACCAGGCCCUCCAGAGCUGCCUCCUCCCAUACAUCCUUCAGCUCCCUCUCUGCCUCCUCUGAAGUGAACACCACAGCAUCCAACAACACCAGCCCCGUCUCAACCUUGAAUGGUUCCUCAGAGGUUGAACUGCGGAUGCCCGGCGGCCGAGAUGCCUCCGUGGAAAGCAUGAACUCCUUCCUGUCCCAUGGCGCCUCCUCUUCCAACGCCUCCGCCUCCCCCACCACCACCCCUCGCAGGCACUCAGUCACCACAUCCCAGCCCGGCCAGGUGGAGGAACUCAGUCUCUUUGGUAGGAGAAGGUCAUCAGUGCGUCGCUCAGCAAGAAAUGCCCCAGUGAAGGGCCCGCUAGACCCCAAAGUGCGAUUCGCCAGUUACCGUGGGGCACAGCUGAGCCUGCGACCACUGUUCUUUGAAGUGCCACAGCAAGAUCCAGACCCACUGUUCACCGGGAGGUCUUGGCUGUACCACGAGAUGAAGGUGCAGCUUACCAGUGACACGCCCACCAACCGCGGCAUCAUCCUCACUGGCAAUGUGGGUGCUGGCAAGACAGCUGCUAUCCUGCAGCUAGUUGAGUACAGCUGCUUUGGCCGCAAGCGGGAGGAGUCAAUAUACCAUGAUCCUUAUAGCAAGGGAGGGGGCUUAGUACCAGAGGGCGUGAAAGCCCUGGCAUCAAGACUGGUGGCGUAUCACUUCUGUCAGGCUGAAAACUCUGCCACCUGUUUGGUUCCUGACUUUGUGCACUCCAUUGCUGCCCAACUGUGCCAGGCACCUCAGCUGCAUGCCUACAGAGAUCUGCUGCUGGCUGAGCCUCAGACACAGGCGCUGCUGGCCUUGCCUGCUUGCAUCAGUGACCCGGCGGCAGCGCUGGUCAAGGGCGUGCUGGAGCCACUGCACACACUGCGGCGCCUGGGCAAGGUGGGCGCUGAGCCACUGCUGGUGGUGGUGGAUGGCCUGUGUGAGGCAGAAUACCAUCGGCCAGACCACGCCGACACUUUGGCCUCCUUUUUGGCACGUUACGCCGUCAAGCUGCCUUCCUUCAUCAAGCUGGUGGUCAGCGUGCGCACUCAGCUGGCUGAGCUCACCCGCCUGCUGCCCUUCCACAGAAUCUCGCUGGACCCCGACCAGAGAGCUGACCCCACCACUGAUCUGGCCGCCAGGGACCUGUCAGACUAUGUCAGCUUCCGGUGCAUGCACUCCCCUACCAUCCGCUCCAACAUUGCAGUGACGCAGGGCAAGAUGGAGGGUGGCUCAGCCCAGCACCGCUUCACCCACUACCUGGUGGCUCAGAGCCGUGGCUCCAUGCUGUACAUCAAGCUCAUUCUGGACCUGGUGGAGAGAGGACAUCUGGUCAUGAAGUCCGGCUCAUUCAAAGUCCUGCCCCAGACGCUCAGUGAAAUCUUCCUCCUGCUCUUUAAUCUUCGGUUUCCGAGUGUGAGGAGCUUUGAAAAGAUUCAGCCCAUCCUCAACGUGGUCCUGGCAGCCCUCAACCCUCUCACGCUGCCAGAGAUCUACCACUCAGUCAAUGCUGGGCUGCUCUACAAGUUCCUGUCUUGGGACGAGUUCCUCAACUGCUUCAAGAUCCUCAACUCCUUCCUGGUGAAGCGGCUGGAUGACACCUUCAUGCUGUUUCACCCUGCACUGCGGGAGUGGUUGGCCAGGCGGGCCGAGGGUGAGUCACCAAAGUUUGUAUGUGACCCAAGGGCGGGCCAUGCAAACCUGGCCCUGCGUAUGUCCCGGUUGGAGUGGCCCCUGGAUCCAGAGGCAUCCCUGGAGCUGGGCCACCACAUUCUGAAGGCUCACGUGUACAAGAACAUGGCCCGUGGACUACCACUGUCACCAAGGGACCUGCAGGCACUCUGGCUUGCCCAGUCAGCACACAAUGUCUCUCAAGCACUUGCUUGCACAAGAAACCUAUACAGUCCAAACACCAAGGUCUCCAGAUUGUUGCUUCUUGCCGGUGCCUCUCCAGACUACCCCAGCGAACACCUGCAUAAUGCUCCCAUCCUGGGUGUCUGUGCCCACCAAGGCCACACAGAGAUGGUGGCUCUCUUCAUAGAGUUUGGGGCUGACAUCAACCUGGCCAACAACGAGGGAGUGACAGCCCUGGGCAUGGCAUCAGCUCAGGGCCACUGUGACAUUGUGAGACUCCUGGUGCAGGCUGGGGCAUCCCUCACCUCCAAGGAUAAGCAGGGCAAGACCCCCAUGGUGCAGGCAGCAGCAGCAGGGCAUCUCAAUGUGGUUGGCUACCUUCUGUCCUGCGACUGGCCUGGACCCAAUGACCUGCUGAAGAACCAGUCACACCAGUCACUCGUGGCAGCUGCCUCCAACGGACACAUUAAUGUUGUGGAGUUCCUGCUGGACAUGGCCGAGGUAAGCGUGGAUGGUGAGGAUACAGUGACAGGCGAGACAGCACUGACAGUGGCAGCUGGUGCCGGCCACACGGCCAUGGUGGCAGCACUGCUAAGGGCUGGUGCUUGCAUCACCAAAGGCAACUCACGGGGCACAGCGCCGCUCACCUGUGCAGUGCGCAACGGCCACUACGAGGUGGCCAAGCUUCUGUUGAGUCAGGGUGUGGCAGUGGAGAGCCCGGAUGCUGCCGGCCGGACACCCCUCAUGGUGGCUGCAGCAGAGGGCCACCUGGGUCUCAUGGAGCUACUCAUCUCCCGUGGGGCAUCCAUUGGCCGCACAGACCGCGAAGGCCUGUCCUCCUUGGGCUGGGCAUGUUUGCGUGGCCAUGUCCACGCUGUGCAGUACCUGGCUGAUUGCAACGCCGACCUCAACCAUGCCGACAAGACAGGGCGCACACCCCUCGACCUAGCUGCGUACCAGGGUGACCCCAUUGUGGUGCAGUUCUUGCUGGACCGUGGUGCGCUGAUAGAGCAUGUGGACAUCAACGGCAUGAGGCCGCUGGACCGCGCCAUCAGCGCACGCAACGCCGCAGCCGUGCAAUGCUUCCUGCGACGCGGCGCCAAGCUGGGCCCAGCCACCUGGGCCAUGGCAGCAGGCAAACCCAAUAUCCUGGUGAUGCUGCUCAACAAGCUUCAGGAAGACGGUGUGGCACUGUGCCGCAAGGGGCGUCUCAAGGAGGCUGCUCAUCGCUUUUCCUAUGCCCUGCGCAAGCUGCCUGUGGGUGACCAAGGGGAACACUCUGCUACCUUUACACACUUGCGCCUGCACCUCACUCUGAAUCUCUCCAGAUGCAAGCGAAAAAUGAAUGAGAUCGAGGAAGCCAUCCACCUGGCAGACAACGCCCUCACCAUCAAGAGUGACUCGUACGAGGCUUACUAUGCCCGGGCCAGAGCGAAGAGAGAAGCCAAGUGUUUGAAAGAGGCACUGGAGGAUGUGAGGGAGGCAGUGAGACUCGCUCCCCCAACCCGGGAUGUGCGUCGAGUCCUAGUCAAGAUUCAGGACGAGAUGCAGAAUGAGCUGGACUCAUGUGCCUCCCAUGACUUGGCUCAGCUCCGACAGCUGGCGGCCUCUGUGGACACUCUGUCUGAGGCCGACCUCCCCAUGACCUCCAGCAUCCUUUCAGAAUCCGGCUACUCUUCCAAUAUUUAGACUUGGCCUUGCUGCCACGAUGCACUAUAGCCAACCGCUGAUCUUGUGUCUAGUGUUAUGUAGCAGAUAUUGGUAAGAAAGUCAAACAACACCAAAAUUUUGUAGUGUCUUUGCUCAUAGAUCUGUCUGAAAUUUUUACUUAAGCAUAAAUAAGAAAUUCUGUAGGAUGGAUGUUUGUUACUCAAGCAUAAGAGUAAGUCGUCAUGACUCCUGAAGCCCAUGCAUGUAUCUGACACUUUAUCCAGAAAUGUUGCAGUAAGCUGCUGAUUCCAGUGCUUAAGUUUGGAGAUGCAGGUUCACUCAUAUAAUUCCAUAUCAAGAAUUCCACUAACUUUGAGACAUACCUUAAAAGUAACAUGAGCCUUUCGAUAAGUCUUUUUUUUCUGUGUUGUCCAUGUUCUGUGUUCCCCAUGUGCUGUGUUGUUAUACUUAUUUCUUAUUUACUUCUUUUUUUUUUAUUAUCAACUAACUUAAAUUAUGUGCACAUUCUCUUCUCAAAAGGCUCAUGCUGAGGAAUACUUUCUCUGAACUAUGACUGACUGUAUAUCCACACUAAUGGCCCACAACAUCUUUGCCUUACUCAACAAGACCACAGAGACUCAGAGACUCGCCGCUCUCUGCCGGCUGAGACUCGACUCAUUUUGAUGCCUUGAUUUGGACAAACACUCAAAAAGAACUGGUAUGACUUGAACUUGUCAUUUUCUGCCAAGGCUGAUCCUUUGGGAAGUGCUGAAAUUUUGGUGAAAUGUCAGUCUUCCAAAGAUUCCUUCCCCAGAGGACUGCCACCCAGUACUUGGCUUUUAGCUUGUCACUAGCAGGGGGAGAGUGAGGGAGUCCAGAUCACCUGCCCAGCAAGCCCUCCGUGGCCAGCUCCCUCUUUAGUGCUGCAAAGAAUGUAUGCAGGUUUUCCUCUCUUUGGUUGAAGUGUGAAAUUGUUGCUAUGGUUCCUGUGUCAAGUUAGUUUCAGCCACCAUUUAGAUUAAACAGAAAUUUUUGCUGUCAUUCCUUGCAGUACUGAAUGUUCUCCAACCCAUGCAGUGUUUCUAAAAGUAGACGUAAAUCAUGUAUGUUUCUCAUUUAGCCACCAAAUGAAACUCAGUAAUUGUUAUAUCAAAAAAAAUUCAAAAAUGUAAUAAAAAGUGUGGUUAUACCUAAAUCAGUAUGAAGAUGAAUAUAAGAGUGAAUGCCUGUGCUUUGUAUGUGAAUGGAUCAAGGUGGAUGGAGAGAAUGGAUGGAAUGUAUGUACCUGUCUGACUGUGAUAGAUUAAGGUCCACAAACAGCUAGCUAGCUACAUAUUUGUGGCAUCACAGAAACAGUCUUCUAUAAGUUGCUGUGAUAUCACAAUGAGUUUUACUUGGAGGGAGGUUCAAUAUCAACAUUUUCAAGACAAUAGUUUGACAUUUCUAACCAUUAUUUCUGAUUCUCUUCUUUCAUCAUUAUUCUGCAAUGUGUGUUUGAUUCAGUCUGUCAUUUGCUGUCAUCCUAGUAGCAUUUCAGUCUUCAUUCUCCUUAUGUUAACAUUUUGUUCAUUUGUUUCAUUCUCCUUCCCUCUCAGUUUUGUUCUUGAUGGUCUGUCAUGUGUUUAAUGCUUAUCCUGUGUUGGCAUCCCAGUAGCAUCUCCGUCUUCUCUGUAGUGCAGACAUCUCCCAUCACAUGGUGUUGUACCUCCUUCCUGUCUCCCCCUCGGAAUGUUCCCAAUGAGUGUUGCUGUGCUGGGUUGGUGCCAAAAACCUUGUGACCCUGGCAGUGGCUCUCACCCCUGUCAGGCCGACCUUCUGUCCCCAACCCAGCUCCCCUGAUCUGUCAAGCAACUAGGAAUUGGCUUCCUCAAUUGGUUUCUAUGUUGCAAUAGUUCUCCAGGUUCAUAUCCUACAGUGACAUGACCCCAGCAUUAUCAAAACAGGUAAACCUCUUUAGUUGUCAAAAGAGGACUUACCCAAGCAUACACAUACCUCUCCUAUAUGGUGAUAUAUAGGAACAAUAGGUUAGCAAUGCAUAUACUUACACAAAAGUCAUGUGUAAAGAAAUAAUACAUCUUUUUUUGUCGGGGUCACUUGUCCAGACAAAAUUUGGAAAUGUAAGAGUAACAAUUAUAUGGAAGGAAAAAUCUUACAUAUAUUUAAAAUGAUUGUUGCCCAAGGCAGAAUUUGCUAGUCAUUUUUUGUAAAAAAUAGUGAUGGUGAUGAAAGGCACGUAUCCAAAUGGAAGAUUGUAUGAUUAUAUAGUGUAUGUAUAGUGUACAGUCCUAUAGUGUUAUGGAGUGACGUCAUUUUGUACCAAUGCAAUGGUGAGGGCGGCCAGCGCGUGGUGAGUGAGUCGCCUGGUGAGUGAGUGAGGUGAAGUGGUGUGCGCUGCAUCAUUAAGUUUGUCUUGUCUUCUUGGGUCACAUCACUAUGGACCCAAAGGUUUAAUGGCUCGCUGAUCACUUAUAAUUAUUAUGAUCUCCUUAUAAUCAACUGUUCAGUUAGUUAAGCUGCCAAAUUUUAUACUGUAGUAUUUACUAUAUAAUAUUAUAUAUGUUAAUAAAUAUACCUGAAUGUGAA